UGUAAAACUCUUUCUGGAGUCUGUGACCACAUCAUAUCCCUGUCAUCAGAUCCACUUGUUUCACAGUCUGCUCACCUGGAAGUGAUUCAGCUGGCAAAUAUCAAACCAAGUGAAGGGCUGGGUAUGUAUAUUAAAUCAACAUAUGAUGGCCUCCAUGUAAUUACUGGAACCACAGAAAAUUCACCUGCAGAUCGGUGCAAAAAAAUCCAUGCUGGCGAUGAAGUGAUUCAAGUUAAUCAUCAGACUGUGGUGGGGUGGCAGUUGAAAAAUUUGGUGAAUGCACUACGAGAGGACCCGAGUGGUGUUAUCUUAACUUUGAAAAAGCGACCUCAGAGCAUGCUUACCUCAGCACCAGCUUUACUGAAAAAUAUGAGAUGGAAGCCCCUUGCUCUGCAGCCUCUUAUACCUAGAAGUCCCACAAGCAGCGUUGCUACACCUUCCAGCACCAUCAGUACACCCACCAAAAGAGACAGCUCUGCCCUCCAGGACCUCUACAUCCCCCCUCCUCCUGCAGAACCAUAUAUUCCCAGGGAUGAAAAAGGAAACCUUCCUUGUGAAGACCUCAGAGGACAUAUGGUGGGCAAGCCAGUGCAUAAGGGAUCUGAAUCACCAAAUUCAUUUCUGGAUCAGGAAUAUCGAAAGAGGUUCAACAUUGUUGAAGAAGAUACUGUCUUAUAUUGCUAUGAAUAUGAAAAGGGAAGAUCAAGUAGUCAAGGAAGACGAGAAAGCACCCCAACUUAUGGCAAGCUACGACCUAUAUCUAUGCCAGUGGAAUAUAAUUGGGUGGGGGACUAUGAAGAUCCAAAUAAGAUGAAGAGAGAUAGUAGAAGAGAAAACUCUCUACUUCGAUAUAUGAGCAAUGAAAAAAUUGCUCAAGAAGAAUACAUGUUUCAGAGAAACAGCAAAAAAGACACAGGGAAGAAAUCAAAAAAGAAGGGUGAUAAGAGUAAUAGCCCAACUCACUAUUCAUUGCUACCUAGUUUGCAAAUGGAUGCAUUGAGACAAGACAUCAUGGGCACACCUGUGCCAGAGACUACACUGUACCAU